CGAGCAGCUUACCUCUUCCGCGGCCGAAUUCUCCACGGAGCCUGAAUCGAUACAAGAACGUCUUCAGACGAUAUCUGGCGAUCUCGAAUUCGCAGUCGAUAUGUUUGCUCACGGCGUCCACACCCUAAGUACGACACGGGACACGGCGGACAGAUUAGCAGAGAAGUCGCUCAAGGAUGCCGCGGAUGCUUUGGAAGAGCGGGAGAAACAGCGAGCCGCGACUGGCAAGUCCCUGGAUCAGAUGAACGCAUUGCGAGGGUUGGCGAGAGUGCUCAAUUCCCAGCAGAAGCGGGGUUGAGAAAUGGAGGCGGAGUCUCGCCGCGCGAAUUUGAUGGAAAGAGUCAUGACCCCUCGACGUGUUCAUACAUGCCUAUCACCAGCAAACUCACAGGAUCGACUUG